AUGUUGACAAGUGCUAUCCAGACCAGUUUUAAAGUUCUACCGUUACUGAAACCGUACUGCUAUAGCAAGAGGGAAGGCUGCAUUGUUAAAGGCUCUGAUACACUCUGGUACAGAGCAAAGAUUUUGGAAGUGAUUGGGGGAUCUGUUAAGGUACAAUAUGUUGACCGUGGAUAUACUGAAACAAUUCCUCAAUGCCAUGUUUAUCCAGUGCUAAUGUAUCCUGACAUUCCAGAGCUUUGCCUUCCAUUUCAGCUUUUUGGAGUAGAACCUGUAGGAAACAAAUGGCAAGAAGAUGCUAUUGACACUCUGAGAGAAUUACUUUACCAAAGAAAUUUAGAAGUGGAGAUUAUGGUCCAGCCGGGAAAUGGCAUACAAACGCUGUUAGCUGAUCUUCACUUUGAUGGAAUUUCAGUUUCUUCCUUUAUGGUACUUCACAACUAUGCUCUUAAAAAAGAAAAGGCUUCAGUAACGUUCAAGGAUUUGCUGGCCUCACGCUUUGAAACCUUCAUGGUGCCAGAGUAUGAUUAUCCAUUAUUGCCUUUACCUGGAAAGGUUUUCCCUGUAACAGUAAAGCACCUAGAAACUCCCAAUCAGGUGUACAUUUCCAUUGGUUCGAGGAGAGAUGUUGAAUCUGAUACUGACACGGAUGAUAGCGGCAUAAGCUAUGAACCAGAAGAUGAUCUUGAGCAAGCUCUCAGAGAGCUUAAUCAGAAUGCAGAGGCACUUCCUUUACUAUCUGAUUUCAGAUCAGAAAUGCCUUGCCUUGCUGAAUACAGCGAUGGACGAUGGUACAGAGCAAAAGUAUUGUCACUAGAUAAAGUCCAACCAUUAAAGAUCUUGGUGCAGCAUGUUGACUUUGGCUCCACUGCAUCUUUACCACAUUUUAGGCUUCGGCAGAUUCCUGCACGUUUAGUGCAGUAUCCAGUUCGAGCCGUCAAAGUCAAGCUGGCAGGAUUUAAACCCCCAGCUUUAAUGAAUAAUGUUGACCGAAUUGCAUACAGUCCAGAAUGGUCCAUGGAGGCUCUGUGGACAAUAAUUGACAUUGUACAAGGGAAUCAACUUACAGCAUUCCUGGUGGGCCUAUGUCCAGAAGUUUCUGUAUUCUUGUAUGAAGAAGGAUCACUGAUUCACCUACCACUUGUGGAAAAGGGGCUAGCAGACUUAGAUAUGUAAAAAGUAUCAGCAAGAUGUUGGAGAACCUUCAAACCACACAAGAUUCUGCAAAAUAUUGCAUUUUUCUUGUA